AGCUGCGGCCUCAGGAGCCGGCCCGGAAGCCCCCGCAGACGCAGCGGGGCCGCGGUAGCAGGAGACGCCGCGGUAGGGGGCGGCCCUGAUGCAGCCGCGGCCAGGCCGGGGCGCGCAGGGGGCGCCGAGGCGGGCUGAGCGGCAGGACAAGGCGCGGCGGCGGGACGGGGCGGGCGCUGGACCCCGAGCCCGCGCGGCGCCUUAUAUCGCGGCCCGCGGGCCGGGCAGGGAGCGCGCGGCCGGCGGCUUUACGAGCGUGGGGUCGGCCCUCGCGCCUCGGGCAGCCGGGAUUCCAAGCGGCCCGGCCGCCUCCAUAAAACGGCGUUGCCUCCCGCCCGCGCUUUAUGGGCCGGGAAGCGCCGGUCAGCUCCGCGGGCUGUGCGCUGCGACACCCUGCGCUCCCCCCACGCCCCUCCGCGGCCUCGGCCAGGGUGGCGCUGCAUCGUGGGCCCCGACCCCAGGCUGCGCAGCCGGGCACCCCGCGCCCCCCAUCGGUGCCAGAGCGGCAGCCUUGGUCUUGGUUAUCUGGGCAUCUCCGCCCGGUGCGGGGGGCCAGUGUGUGUGUGUAGCAGAGGGGUCUCUGAAGUCACUCCUGCAGAUUGUUCUCGUGACCUUGGACAGGGGAACCACCUCUCUGAGCCUCAGUUUCCUCAUGUGGAAAACAGGUAUAGGAACAGUGCCCGUCUGAGAGUUGUUAAGCACCUAAUGAGAUAAUGCACGGAAAGCGUUUAGGGCCCCACCUAGCACUUAAUAGGAACCGUAAAUGUUUGUUUAUUUGUUUGCUUGUUCUAUUUAUUCUAUUAUUAAUUUGCCAUUCAUCCUGUCUCCCUUUGGGCAAAAACUUUCUCUUCCCUCUUUCUCAGAACUCGGCUCAGAGCUCCUCUCCUAGGGAGUGUGGUGUCCUCUCUCCUCCGGCAGUGAUUGAUUGCGUCCCAUACCCCUCUCCACUCUGCUUGCGGGGAGGGGAAGGGAGCUGCAUUUAUGGAGUGCCUACGGUGUGCAGGGCUUUAUAACUACCGUAUGGUCUCAUCUAACGCCCAGGGCAUCCUCUAAGGUCAGCAUUAUUGUGCCCAUUUGCCUGAUUAGGAAGGGGCAACUCAGAGUGGUCCAGGGACUUGUUUUAGGUCAAGCAGAGAAGGCUCCACCCAGGGGCAGAGUCAGAAUCUGAAGGGAAGCUCCCAGCCCUCCCCCAUGGUACUCCUCGCUCCCCGCCAGGGUCUGAGUCUUGGGGGUGGGCUGAGUGAGGGUGGAGUUCUUCUCCCAGGCAGGAGCCCAGACUGCCAGGCUUUGGGUUCUUAGAGAAAUUGGCCUGAUCCAAAGUCUUAUCCUCAGUUGUUGCUUGGUCAUGGCCACUGGCUCUGGAAGGCCAUAUCGCAUCAUCAGAAAAGUUAAUUAUGCAUCCAGUUCUUGGGCGGAGGAAACCAGAGUGUGAACUCAGCAGCCAGCAUUAAAGAGAAACCUGCAAAUCACCCUCAGCUUCCUUUGCUUUUAAAUAUGAGUUGUUGUCGUGCAGAGGGUAAUUAAAUCCUGGAGCCCCAGCGGUCACCACGGCCAACUGUGCCUGGCUGGCAUCCCCUUUCCAGGGAGCGCCCCACUGCCCCCUUUGCCAUCUUUCCCACACUCUCGUGGGCCGGAGUCCCUGGGGUCCAGCCUUGCUUUUGCAGGAGACUCAGCCCAUCCUUCGUGUUGGCCUCUGUGGAAGUCGGAGCCCAGCUCUACAGUGUCUCGUGCGUCCACUUCCAGCUCCAACUGGGGUUGCCAGCUGUGUGACUAAUGGCUUUGGGGCUAUGCAAUUUUCUCCAGGAAUAUAGUAUUGGAGAAGUCUUUCCUUGGUGUCUCCCUCACAGAGGAAAUGGACUUACCGUGAAGUGUGGAGACCUUAAAUUAGACUCAUGGAGGCACUUACAUGAUGCUUGCUUGGACCUUUCUGGAUUUUGGUGGGCGGGUGGAGCAGACUUUCUGUGCUAUCACACUCAGUGAGGAGGUUGAUAAUCAGCCUUUGUUUACACAGAUAAUUAAGUGCAGUUAAAAUCCAGAGACUGGAAGGCUGCAGGCUGAGUUGUGCCUGCUAAGGUCACAGCCUGAAGGGGAUGGAAUUGAAAGGUUUGGCAGCUAGAGCAAGGUGGUCCUCCAGAUUGUCAGUACUAAGCGCUGGCCCAGCCCCAGGGGACUAUGUGCCCUGGGUCCCCUUCAUUAUUCUUGGGACCCAGUGGGGAUUAACGGGCUGAAGCGUGAGGGAGUUCAGACACAGUCACGCACAGCCUUCCCCGUGGAGAGGGUUGGUAGGCGUGAGUGCUGGGGAGGAGGGGGGGGCUGCUCCAUUCUCCACCAGAUCUUCUAGAACUCACUCCCUUGCCCUUUUAAUCCCCAAUCCACCGGUCUAUUGAUGAAAAGCUAAUGCUCUGUCUUGGUUGUCACGUCUUUAAUCCCUCUGUGGGCCCCAGGAGUCAGUUCAAGGCAGGGAGCAGACACGUGCUGAGCGCCGAGCUGGAACCGGGCUCAGAGUGUGAAGGAGGAGCCUGCAGCCCAGGCCAGGCAGGCUCCACACUGAGGGCCUUGCUACAGAGCCGCAGGGGGCCUGGCGCCAGGGAGGAAUGCUGCGUGCCAUGGGCAGUUGGCAGGAGAGUGAGCCGCCACUCCAGGGGCUUGGGGCCAGAGGUCAGGGCAGGGUCCUUGGAGGAGAUGGCAGGUUGGCUGGGCCUGAAGAAAGGUGGAGAAUUAGCUGUGCUGAGAUAGGAGAGGGGAGGAGGAUUCAGACAAAGACACAAAGGAAGGGAGGUCGCAGGAUGCGAGAGGAACAGUGGGCGGUCCAGUUUGGCUGAAAAAUAGGGGAUAGAUGAGGGCAGGGGAAAGGAGGCAGGCUGAGGGUGGGUGGUGGAUCUGGUGGAUGGGCGGAGUGGCUUAGAAUGUCAAGCUGAGCCUGGAGGAGCUUGAUGUGGAGACGGCCAUGCUCAGAGGCGUGUGAGCAAAUGGGACAUGGGCAUAGUACAUAGGGUGUGUGUGUGAAAGUGUGUCUGUGUGUGUGUCUCCUUUGGUAACCCAAGGCAUCAUUAUGAAACGUCUUGAACAUCAACGUGCCCCUUUCAAUGUGCUUCCUUCUCGGUUGGAUAGUGGUCAAAAGUGCUUCUGGGAUCAGACACCGCUGGGGUUCAAGCCUGGGCUCCGCCACUUACCAUCUGGGCAAAAAUUACAUAACAUGUCUGAGCCUCAGUUUCCUUUGUAUCUAGAAUGAAGAUACCACACUUUUCCAGGGACGAGGUGAGGGUAGUGAGGUGUGUGUGUAAAGCACUAGUACAAGGCCUGGUGCAUAGUCGGUGCUCAAUAAAUACCAGCUGCUAUUAUUACUGUUGUCGUUGUUGUUAUUUCCCCUCUGUUGCUCACUGGGCACCCCAGGUACCUGCUCUGGUAACCAUCCCCCGGCUCCCCCCUUCCACCUCCCAUCCUGGGCCAGCCCGCUGUUCCUGGCCUGGGAGCUGUGGUCUCCUCACACGGAUGCUCUCUGGCUGGGACCCCCAGUCCCACUGCUCACUCCAGGGUCAGACCUUGUGGGAGAAGACCCUCUGAAAGGGUCCCAGGCGACAGGGAGCCCUUUGAUAGAGGCUGUGUGGAGAGUGUGGCCCUGUGCUGAUGGUCUCGCUGAGAGAGACUCUGUGUUGGGUGGGGCUGAGGGAUCGUGCAGGCUCAUGGGAAGGGAUGGAGGUGGAUGGACUGGCUGGGGAUUUUAGGAAUCCAGAUGUUUGGAACCCUCCCCCAACACUGGUGACACACAGCCACCAAGCUCCUGGGUCCUGCUGCAUGAAGUGGGUGAACAAAUAAUGUGUCGGUGGUGUGGGAGCCAUUUCCGUGCUUUAGUGAGUGUAGAUGCGCUUUCCCUCGGCCCGUGCCCAGGGCCAAGGGUUCUAGGUUGCCCUGAAGUGUGGUCCCUGCGGCCUUGCCUGCGGGGCCCCUGGAAGGCUCUUCCUCUCAAAGCUGCCCCCUCCCUCACCCCUAAGAUGGCCCGUCCUUUGUCCCUGCUCUCAGCGCAUCUUGUGGCCCCAACUGAAAGAUGGAGGUUAUGAUUCUAGCUCACCACCUGAACGAACUUGUCCCAACCCGGCUUCCCGUCCCCACCUUCAUCAUCUCAGCAAGUGCAGAGUGCACGGGCCUCGCCUGACUCACCCUCGGGCGCCCUCGGGCCCUCCGCUGUGGAAGAAAUGCUGCUGAGGCUUCAGUGUUGCCUGAGUGUAGGAUUUUCCAAAACUCCAUCUUGCUGAUGUUACCCAAGGAGAGAGGAGAAAUGACUGGGAAGUUCCCCAAGCCCAUAAAGGUGACAACGCGGCCGCUCCACACGGGGAGGCGGGCAGACCCAGGUGUCCGGGUGUAUAAAAGGGGCAGGCAGCGGGGGAGAGGACAGCAUCCUCCGCUUCUUCCUCUGCCUUCGUCUCCUCCAGCCUACAGCCACCAUGACCUGUGGAUCAGCUCGCUUUAGCUCCUGCAGUGGAGUCCGCACGUCCAGCUCCUGUGUGGCCACUCAAGGAUACAGCUCUGGCCGCACCUUCAGCUGCUCCUCGGCCUGUGGGCCCCGACCUGGCCGCUGCUGCAUCACCGCCGCCCCCUACCGCGGCAUCUCCUGCUACCGCGGCCUUGCCAGCGGCUUUGGCAGCCGCAGCGUCUGUGGGGGCGUCCGGGCUGGCUCCAGCGGCCGCAGCUUCGGAUACCGCUCUGGUGGCCUGUGUGGACUUAGCGCACCCAGCAUCACCACUGUGUCGGUCAAUGAGAGCCUCCUGGUGCCCCUCAACCUGGAGAUGGACCCCAACGCGCAGGGUGUGAAGCAAAAGGAGAAGGAGCAGAUCAAGAGCCUCAACAACAAGUUUGCUGCCUUCAUCGACAAGGUGCGCUUCCUGGAGCAGCAGAACAAGCUGCUGCAGACCAAGUGGCAGUUCUACCAGAACCGCAAGUGCUGCGACAGCAACCUGGAGCCUCUGUUCAGUGGCUACAUCGAGACGCUGCGGCGGGAGGCCGAGCGCGUGGAGGCCGACAGCGGGAGGUUGGCCUCGGAGCUCAACCACGUGCAGGAGGUGCUGGAGGGCUACAAGAAGAAGUAUGAAGAGGAGGUCACCCUGAGGACCACGGCAGAGAAUGAGUUUGUCAGAAUCAAGCAGGAGGUGAACGGUGUCUACGUGCGCAAGGGAGACCUAGAGGCCAAUGCCCACAGCCUGGUGGAGGAGAUCAGCUUCCUGAAGUCCCUGUAUGAGGAGGAGAUCCGCGUCCUCCAAGCCCACAUCUCAGACACCUCGGUCAUCGUCAAGAUGGACAACAGCCGGGACCUCAACAUGGACAGCAUCCUGGCUGAGAUCAAGGCUCACUAUGAUGACAUUGCCAGCCGUAGCCGGGCUGAGGCUGAGUCCUGGUACCGCGGCAAGUACGAGGAGAUAAAGGCCACGGUGGUCCGGCACGGGGAGACCCUGCGCCGCACCAAGGAGGAGAUCAACGAGCUGAACCGCGUGAUCCAGAGGCUGACCGCCGAGAUCAAUAAUGCCAAGAGCCAGAACUCCAAGCUGGAGGCGGCCGUCAGCCAGGCUGAGCAGCAGGGCGAGGUGGCCCUCACUGACGCCCGCCGCAAGCUGGCCGGGCUGGAGGAAGCCCUGCAGAAGGCCAAGCAGGACAUGGCCCGCCUGCUCAGGGAGUACCAGGAGGUGUUGAGCUCUAAGCUGGGCCUGGACAUCGAGAUCGCCACCUAUAGGCGCCUGCUGGAGGGCGAGGAGCAGAGGCUGUGUGAUGGCAUCAGCUCUGUGAAUAUCUGUGUGAGCAACUCCCAGGGCGGAGUCGUAUGUGGGGACCUCUCAACCACCCGUACCUGCACCAUCAAGUCCCGCGGAGUGGGAAUCUGUGGCAGCAGCUAUAAGAAGUGUUAAGUUGGCAGGGCUUGGAGGAGCACCCGAGCCCCCAGCCCUCUCACCUUCCCGAGGAUCCCAGCUGGCCCUUCUGCCCAACCUGACCAUGUGCAGCCUGGUGGCGGGUGCGAUAGCUUGAUCUCAUGUGGACCCAUCUUCCCUGCUGUCCGCUUCUUGUUUCUCGUUGCGUGGGAGUCCCCUCCUUGACUCCUGCCUUCUCCGGCUGAGAAAGGCUGUUGGGAGGAGUGACACGUGGAUCUGUUCUGUCUGAGGAUUCUGGGCUGCCUGAGCCCAUGAGGAGGACAGCCCCUCCGCCCCCCACCCUCCCCUUCUCUUGCUCAUCCCUUCCUUUCCCAAAUCUUCUUUUCCUCCUUGCUG